AUGGAGCCCUCCGGGGAGCAGCUACAAAGUUCCGAAGCGUCCAUCUCUACGUCUUCCGGAGAUCAGUCAUCCGCGGAAGAGCCGUCGUCGGUCCCUGAGGUCUUAGGGGUGGAGAGUGGCACCUCUGAGACCCCGAUCUCUGACGCUCAGCUCCAGGACAGGCCCCUGUCGCCGCAGAAAGAGGCAGCUCUCCCGGAACAGGAGGAGCUACAGGAAUAUCGCCGCUCUCGUGCGCGCUCCUUUUCUUUGCCCGCAGACCCCAUCCUGCAGGCGGCCAAGCUACUGCAGCAGAGGCAGCAGGCGGGACAGUCCAGCUCGGAGAGUGGCGAGCCGGCUGGGGACUGCUGCUCCAAGUGUAAGAAGCGCGUGCAGUUCGCCGACUCCCUGGGACUGAGCCUGGCUAGCGUGAAGCACUUCAGCGAGGCGGAGGAGCCGCAGGUGCCGCCGGCUGUGCUCUCCCGUCUCCACAGCUUUCCGCUGCGCUCCGAGGACCUGCAGCAGCUGGGGGGGCUGCUGGCAGUGGCAAAGAUGCCCGCGCCCCUCUUGGUGCCGCGCGCCCGUCUCCGACCCCUCUUCCAGCUCCCGGGGCUGCGCGCUGCAGAGGAGCGCCUGCGGCGACAGCGAGUGUGCCUGGAGCGAGUGCAGUGUUCCCUGCCGCCCCGCGCAGAGGUGACCGGCUCUGGCCGGGUGGUCAGCUGUCCCGGACCCAGGGCAGUGGCGGUGCGAUACACUUUCACCGAGUGGCGCACCUUUUUGGACGUGCCGGCCGAGCUGCAUCCGGAGUCACUGGAGCCUCUGGCUCCGGUGCGGUCCGGGAACUCCCGAUCAGGGGCUGAAGGUAGUGAGGAGGAGCCGAGCACCGAGCGUUUCUGCUUCUCGCUGUGCCUGCCACCGGGGCUGCAGCCCAAAGAAGGAGAGGAUUUUGACUCGUGUGGAGUCGCUAUUCAUUUUGCCGUCAGCUACCGCUGCGAACAGGGGGAAUACUGGGACAACAACGAAGGGGCCAACUACACCUUGCGUUAUGAGUGCUCCACAGACCCGCUCUGA